AUGUUCCUCCAAAUUCCUGCGAAAGGCGACGCAAAGGCUUCUGUUCAGCCGGCUGUCACUUACUACUGGACGUGGCAUCGUCGACUUGGACAUCCCUCCAAAGAAGCUAUUUCGCGUCUGCCUGCGAACUCUAAAGGUGUUGAUCAUAUCGAUCCUCCGCCUGCUAACGCGCCUGUCUGUGAAGGCUGCGAGUGGGGCAAGUCUCAUCGACUACCGUUUCCUCCCUCUGAGAAGCGUGCCACCGUCCCUUGCAAACUCAUUCAUACUGAUGAGGACGGACCCAUGGGUACGGAAUCGAUCAACCGACACAACCUUCAUUAUGUCUCGUUUCUUGAUGACUGUUCUGGUGUUGGGCGCACGUACUUUCUUCGCCACAGGAACCAGGCCCAUCAAGCCUUUCACGAAUUCAAGGCUUGGGCUGAGACCAGUACUGUUACGCUGAAGUACUAA